CUGUCUAGACAGCUCUAGCCAGAGUCAGUUGGGUUGUUUUACAGGGGGCUCCUUCAAUCCAACAAACCCCAGAGAAAGGACUACAACUUUUACCUUUCCUGCACAGGGGAGAUCAUGACAGGGGGCCAGCGCAUUAAAGGGCCAUUUCUGGUGCUGCUCUUGCAGCUUGUCCUUAUUUGCUCCUCUCAAAAUAACCAAGGACCCCCUGGCCCCCCUGGACCUGCAGGUGUCCCUGGAAUUGACGGCAUUGCUGGAGAGAGGGGAGACGAUGGCGAGGACGGUCCUCCUGGACCCGACGGAGAUGCAGGUAAACCUGGAUCUGGAGGAUUACCUGGAAUUCCUGGAAAUGAUGGUUUGACAGGCCCCAUUGGAGAUCCUGGGCCUGACGGUCCCCCCGGACAGAAAGGGGAACCUGGGAAACCUGGACCUCGUGGAGCAGCUGGUGUUGGGCCAGAUGGAACCCCUGGGCCACCGGGACCUGGAGGACUUCCGGGUGAAUUGGGAAAAGCUGGACCACCUGGGGCCAUGGGUGUGAGAGGGCCACAGGGACCUCGUGGACCAGCAGGGCCCAGAGGUGCUUCUGGAGUGCUUGGCAGCACUGACCUGUGUCCCAACUCCUGUCCACCUGGGACCUCGGGACAUCCUGGUCUUCCUGGCAUGAAGGGCCACAAAGGUGCAAAGGGUGAAGCAGGAGAACCUGGGAAACAAGGACACAAGGGCGCGGAGGGCGAGCAGGGAAGUCCAGGGGAGGUUGGAGCCCAAGGACCGAGGGGACCUCAGGGAAUUCGUGGAGCUAUGGGAAUGAUGGGCCCAAAGGGAGAGAGGGGACCUCGAGGUCCUGAUGGAGAUCCAGGUCCACAGGGUGUUGCAGGGGCAGCUGGGGAUGUAGGCCAAAGAGGUGCUAUGGGUGAACCCGGGCCUAAAGGCGAACAAGGUGCUCAAGGACCAAGAGGACUCACAGGCGUUCCAGGUCCCAAGGGCGAGUCUGGCUUACCAGGUGUGGAUGGUCGUGAGGGUAUUCCUGGAAUGCCUGGAGCAAAGGGAAGUGUUGGGAAGCCAGGCAUCCCUGGAGAGGUCGGACUUCAAGGGCUUCCAGGUUUGCCUGGUGUACCUGGACCAAAAGGCACAAGUGGCCCUAAGGGAGAUGCUGGUAACCCAGGCCUUUCUGGAGCAAUAGGAUCUGCUGGCAAACCCGGUGAGCGUGGAGAACAGGGAGAGCUGGGAUCUGUCGGGCCCAUUGGUGAGCCUGGAGAUAGAGGACAGCAAGGUCCUGCAGGUCCCGCUGGAAAGCCAGGUCCCCGGGGACCCAAAGGUGACCCUGGUCUUCCUGGUCUCCCAGGUCCUCCUGGUCUGCCAGGAAUAAAAGGAGAAAGGGGAGAUCGUGGAGAACCAGGACCCAAAGGAGAGCAAGGAGUUCAAGGUGAUGAGGGAAAUCCAGGAGAAAAGGGGGAUGUUGGUGACUCGGGAGAACCUGGACCUAAAGGAGAAGUUGGUAACCCCGGUGAGGCUGGCAGAAUAGGUCCCGAGGGAAGUCGAGGACAGCCUGGCAUUGAAGGACCACCUGGCACACCUGGACCACGGGGCAUGCAGGGAAACAGAGGCCCACCUGGAGUCAGAGGAACUCAGGGUCCUGCGGGUAAACAGCCAAGUGAUCAGCACAUCAAACAAGUUUGCAUGCGAGUCAUGCAAGAACAGCUGGCUCAGUUAGCUGCUAGUUUAAGGAGGCCAGAGUCUGGCAUUGCUGGUUUACCUGGAAAACCCGGGCCACCGGGGCCUCCUGGUCCUCCAGGAGACAACGGCUUCCCCGGGCAUGCUGGCUCAAGAGGCCUUCCAGGACUCAAAGGGCCACCAGGACAGAUGGGAGCAAAAGGACCCAAAGGUGACAUGGGAGACAGAGGGUCCAGAGGAAUCAUUGUUCGGGGACCGAAAGGUCAACCAGGACCACCUGGACUUCCUGGGGAACCGGGAAGGCCUGGCUAUGGCCGUGACGGUCAGGAUGGGCAGAGGGGACCUCCUGGCAUUCCUGGACAGCUCGGUGUGCCCGGGCCUCCCGGUCCAGCCGGUCCUAAUGGUUACUGUGACCCAUCAGCCUGCAACCUUCAGGCAGGAGCUGCGCAGCAGUCCUUGGAUGUGAAGGGACCUGCAGGAAACUAAGAGACAUUCUGGCAAGGAACAGAAAGACUGUCGAAUUAUCUCCCCUGAGCACACAGCAUUUUUCACAGUUUCUUCCCAGGGUCUCUAGCUGGCACAGUGCCUUUGAUUCGCUAACCUCUUGUCUUGCGAGCAUGUUUUGUGCCAGCCACAUCUCCAUCAGAAGCAGCCAGCCUCUUUGAGUCGUGAAAAAACACACACAUAUAUAUCUAUAUUUUUUUAUGCGCUGCAAAAAUCUAGCCUGUUCUGGUGUGUUUUUUUUCUACCUGAGAGAUGUUUUGAUAUAUUCAGGACUGUGCUUCCAUUUCCGACAUAUAAAAAUGACCAGAAAUGGUUGUUUAUCCCACUCUCCUUGUACCUCUGCCUGAAUUUUCUUUUUGUGGUCUCCCUUAACUAGUUUUCCGAAAUAAAAGCGCUUCCUUUUCCUCCACUUUUCCCCAGAAAAUCUCAAAUAAUUAACUAAAUUAAAUCAGGAUGAGGAUUUUUUUGGGGUGGGGGAGCUGAGGGUUUCAAACCAUCAUGGUCUCUAUGAGCUGAUCUUCCAAAGAUAACCUUUCCGAUAUCCUCUUUUGAAUAUAUAGUUUUGCAUUUCUGACUGCCUUUUCAGGCUGGCUGUAUGGUGUAAAUCUGUAAAAAAUGAAAAGUGGUUACUUCUAUUCCCUACAAACCCCCUGAUGUGAGAUGUUACCUCAUUGUAAAGAAUGACAACAGAGCACAGCUGUGCAUAUGUGGGAGUAUGUUUGAAGGAUGAGGGAAAAACCAUCAUCAAAGUAAGAAAUACACAGGACAGCAUAUGGAGUGUUUAAUUUAUUCUGUAUACCGGUGUGAUUAAAGAUAAAAAGAUAUUUUGUAAAGAGUAUCAGGAAAUGAUUCUUAACCAUUUUUCCAAGAACCUUGGAGUUAAAAAAAUAAAAUAAAAAAAUACAAAUGUCACAACUGACUAAACAGUCUCACAAUCUGCCAGCUGUUUGCACCUUUCAAUCACAUCACCAGAUCCUCUGCAGCAGAUGGCGCUUUCCCAGUUACACAGGUACAAAUUUCCAUUUUCUUCUAAGAAAUAAGCACUUUUCCUCAUAACAUAGUCAAAAAUCUCCAGAGCAGCUACUAAAUAAAUG